AUGUUUUCUCCGCCAAAAGUGCAUCCAUUUGAAGAAAAUUAUAUCCAGAAGGUGCUGAUGGACAUUGAACGCAGCCCAUUGUUGUAAUAUGAAACACCUUAGGAUCUUUAGUUAUUGUAAGUGGUUUUGCGAUCUUAUUUAGUAAAUCUUAAAGUUUAUUAUGUGAUGAUGAUCAGUAGUCACCAUUCUAAGCUGCUAGAAAUCUGCCACUUUAAAGGUUCAAUUCAGAGGUGUUCCAUGAUUUUUCAGGAUGCCAAUAGUAAAUAAUUGGAGACAAUAAUAAAUUUUUGAAAUCAAGAAAAUUUAGACCUGACUUAUCUAAAUUCUCAGGGGAUUUUGAAGUAUUACAUCAGAUUGGAAGAGGUUCAAAAGGAGUAGUUUAUAAAGUAUUAUCAAAAGUUGAUGGGUUGUAUUAUGCAGCAAAGAAAGUGCCUUUGGAGGAUAAUAUUCAAACAUUGACUUUGGAUGGGCAAGUGCAAUUUAAUUGCUGUUAUUAGCAUUAAGGAUUCUUAUACAUUAUAAUGGAGCAUUGCGAGUAUUCUUUAAAGCAAAGAUUGAUGUAAAGAGUGUAUGAGUCAGAGAUCAGACAGAUCAUCGUUGAUGUAUGCGAGGCUCUACAGAAUUUCCCUUAACCUCAUUUACAUAUACAUGGUGGAAACGUGUUGCUUAGCAAACAAAUGAAGUAUAAGUUAAGUGAUUAUGGAUAUUCAAAUAAUACAAUUCAUUCGGCACCUGAGCAGAUAAAGAGCAAAUUGUCGGACAUCUACUAGUUGGGUAUUUUGAUGAUGGAAUUGAUGCUUGAAAAGGAGAUUAGUUAAGUAAGUUCGUUGGUGUUGUAAAAGUUUGACAAUUUAUCUUACUAUUCGGUAUCAUUGAAAUAAUAAAUUAAAAAAAUGGUAUCAGCAAUUCCUGAUCAUAGACCUGAUAUCUAAUAAUUGAUAAAUUUUGCAAAAGUGAACUUAGAUUAAGAGUUGACCUUACUCCAAGAGUAAAAUGCUGAAUUGCAGAAAUAGAUAGAUGAAGUUAGACCAAGAGGCAGAAAAAGAAUUCAGAGUGAAUGA